AUUUAAGAGAACAUUACAAAAAGAAAAUAGAACGCGAAGGGAAAGAGUGACAGUCAAUAUGCUUGAUUUUUUUACCAUUUUUUCGAAAGGUGGUAUCGUUCUUUGGUGCUUUCAAGGGACUGUUGGAGAUUUUGCAUAUCCUGUCAAUGAAUUGAUAAAGAAUGUCAUUCUUCAGGAAAGAAGUGGCAGCAACUCUUUUAGUCAUGGACAGCUGGCUGUCAAAUAUAAACUUGACAAUGAGUUUGAAUUAGUUUUUGUGGUUGGGUAUCAAAACAUUCUUCAGUUGUCAUAUAUAGACAAAUUUCUCACUGACAUCCAAUUAGAGUUUCGAGACCGCUAUAAAAAUAAGUUGGAUGCAAAUGACCUUUUUACCCCUUUUGAUUUUGAUGAAGUGUUUGUGAAAAUCUUGAUGGAUAAUGAAACCACAAGUCGUAAUUCGAAAAGAGAAAUGAAAUCUUUUGAGGAUUCUAACCGAGCUAAAAAAAUAAUGAAGCAACGUGGAACACUUGAGUUAAAUAAAAAAGACGAGAAGAAGAUCAAGAAGGAUGAUGCAAAAGAUGCCCCAAAGUCACCUAAAGCAAAAUCACCACCUUCAUCUCCUAUGGCUGAAAAGUCAUUUGUUCGUCCAUCGUCUCCUGUUCAGACAAAGAUAACAAAUGGUGUGGAUACAAUUGGAUCAGUGGAACUGACAGAAGAUGAAAAGAUUGAACAGAAAAGACAGUUGCUUAUGAAGGGUAUGCUUCGUGGUGGAAAAAAAAAGUCUGUUAAAACUGAGCCAAAAUCUCCUCAAGCUACUAAGGUGAAGAAGGGUAAAGAAGCCAGACAUUGGAAUAAUGGUGGCACCAGUAAAGAUGCUGCUGUUUUGGAUUACAGUGGCUCAGCAGGACCUGUAGUUAAUGGAGACAGCAAUGAAGUUUCAGAACAAGAUAAAGCAAUGGUGGGACAGAUGAGAGGGGAAUUGAAAUCUAUUGAAGUAUCUGACGACAUCAUAGAAGAGAUUGAGGAAGCUGAUGAUGCUCCGAUGAAGAAGACGGCAACUGGAAAGCAAAACAACUCAACCGUUGGUGGUAGUGUGUUUUCUUUCUUCAAAGGUUUAGCAGGACAAAAAGCCAUCACUCAAGAAGCUAUGGAACCAGUAUUGGACAAAAUGAGAGAACAUCUGUGCUCAAAGAAUGUUGCUGUUGAUAUAUCAGAAAAACUGUGCAAUUCGGUAGCUGCUAAAAUGGAGGGAAAAGUGUUGGGAACAUUCACAGGUGUGGCUUCCGCAUUAAGAUCCAGCAUGCAAGAGUCUUUGGUGCAAAUUCUGUCCCCUAAAAAGCGCGUUGAUAUUCUUCGUGACGUGAUGGACGCAAAGCGGAAGGGAAAGCCGUAUGUUAUUGUGUUCUGUGGAGUGAACGGAGUGGGAAAAUCUACCAAUUUGGCAAAGAUUUGUUUUUGGCUGUUGGAGAACAACCAUCGUGUCAUGAUAGCCGCGUGUGACACUUUUCGAUCUGGCGCUGUGGAACAAUUGAGAACUCAUACUUGUCGGUUGAAGGCUCUGCAUCCAAAAGCAUGUGACAGUGAUCCAGAGAAGGUGAUUUUAUAUGAUAAAGGUUAUGGGAAAGAUGCAGCUGCUGUUUCCAUGGAAGCAAUUAACUUAGCUCGCGAUCUCCGGUGCGAUGUUGUCUUGGUCGACACAGCAGGACGUAUGCAAGAUAAUGAACCUUUGAUGCGAUCUCUAUCUAAGCUUAUCAAGAUUAACCAGCCAGAUUUAGUGUUGUUUGUGGGCGAGGCGUUGGUGGGUAACGAUGGGGUGGAUCAGUUGAGAAAGUUCAACCAAGCUUUAGCUGAUCACUCUGAUGUUAACAAUCCGCAUCUGAUUGACGGCAUCGUACUCACAAAGUUUGACACUAUUGACGACAAGGUUGGCGCAUCCAUCUCCAUGACGUACGAAACUGGCCAACCAAUUGUAUUUGUCGGCACUGGUCAAACCUACACUGAUUUGCGUAACUUAAACGUCAACGCUGUCGUGAAAGCCUUAUUGAAAUCGUAAACCUGUUAUCAUUCAGAAUUUGACUUUGUGUGCUUCUAUUACAAUCAAGAAACUAAAA